UUAGUGGCUGCCUUUGAAUUUGUGGCUCUCAUGGCCAGGUACUGUUUCUUAGCUCCUGGUUUCCCUUUGCCCUUCAGCCCGCUUGGACCUGAAGCUUUUGAAGAGAUCAAAUGCCUUGCUGGCCAAGUUUGGAAACAACACAUUCAAGAAAAUGCAGAGUGCUCCACAACCUACUCUGGGGCUUAUGGAAACAAAAGGAUAGAUGUGGUGCCUACCCAUUCCCACGCCACCCCAUCCUCUCCUACCAGGGCACACAAGCCUCAUCCAUCAGAAGUGUUUUUAGUAAACCAGCUUCACCAGCUACCUGGACCUUACAGCAAUCCUAAACAUACAGCAGCAACUGACACCGGGUUUCGUCCAUAUGAUGGGAAGAAACUUCAAGUGAAUUCACACAAAGUUAAAUAUAAAUCCGUUGCUAUCACAUCACCUGUAACACCACUUGAUGUAAUUCAGCAAGGGAUAAAAAAGGCCAACGUAAAUGUUAUUGUAGGGAACCAAAGUGGAGAGAAAGGAAGAUUCACCUCAUCUUCCAGUCAGGAUAUGCUGACUGGCUGGCCUGUGACAGAGAGUUCUCAUUCCAUUGAGUUGCCGACAGAGCAAGAAGACUGAAAGAUGGUCUUUUGUAUCUUAACCAGCUGCACACUUAUGGCAAUACCCAAACAGGGACAAGUACUUGUUUGCACCUAAGAAUUGUUUACCCACAGCUGGAUAAGCAGGAUUCAAAUGUGGAAAAUAAAUCCUACAUAAAUUUGUUGACGAUAGGCAUUUAGUCCAGGUUUGUUAACCUAGCAGUUCGAAAACAUGUAAAAGUGCAAAUAGAUAAAUUGGUACCACUUUGAUGGGAAGAUAUCAGCGUUAUGUGCACCUUGGCGUUUAGGUCAUGCUGGCCACAUGACCGUGGAGUCGUUUUUGACAACUCUGGCUCCCUUGCCUUAGGCAGAUAAGCACCACAUUCUA